UUUCUGCUGAUGUUUUAGAGAGUCAAUAUCAACAGCAAUGAUGAAGAUUGUUGAGGGUGGAUGGAGAAAAAUCACCAGUGUUGAGUAUCAUAGAAGUGAUAAUAGAAUUGAAUGGUGCUCUGCUCUCAAUCUUGCUUGACAUGGUAGUCUACAGAUCAAGGAUCUUAGCACUCGAGAAGCCUUGAGUAUUCUAUUAUUAUUAUCAUCCGUCUGGAAACUUCCUUUUUACAUGCCAUUUGAGAAGGAUGUGUCCGCAUUGGUCACUAACAUUACAAUAUUCAAAGUUGACUUGAAUGAAUUUUUGAGUCGUUUACGCGUAAACCAGUGCUUCUGUCCAAAAUCUAAUUGACCAGAGAUUAUAGAGCAAACUCUUUUAGACUCUCUCCCUUUCUUUCCUUUCUCAAUCUUCGCAUCUUCUUCUUCCUCAUACCCAUUCCCAAAAUCUUGAACAGCAAAUAUGUCAGAUUAUUUGCCUCAAGAACUGCUAUUAGAUAUCUUUCACAGGCUCCCUAACACAUCCAUUGGAAGAUGCAUGUGCGUCUGCAAGUAUUGGCUUUCCCUCAUAAAGAAUCCUUCCUUCGUUUCCUCCCACAUUCACCAUACCAUUCUCCCCAAAAAAGCUCCCAUGUUCCUGCUUAAGCUCUGCUCAAACCAAAUUCAGUAUUCUCUGCACUUUGAUAAUAAAAAAUUCAGCAACUACAAGCGGCUGGGAGUCCCUCUCAAGCAUGACAAUCGAUCUUUUUCUGUUAUCGGCUCUUCCAAUGGGUUAGUUUGCCUCAUGCACAAUCUUUACACUUAUAACUACACCUUCGUCUUGUGGAAUCCCCUGAUUCGAAAAUCUUUAACACUUCCUAAACCUAACGUCACCUUUGAGAGUCAUGGUGCAUUUGAGGCUCUUGUGGGUUUUGGAUUUGAUGCUUGCAGUGAAGACUAUAAAGUUGUGAGAGUUGUGCGCCUGCUGGAGUAUGAAAACGAGAGUGAAGAGGAUGAGGAACUAGCAAUUGAGGUUGAGAUUUUCUCACUCAACAGGAAUUCUUGGAACAAUAUUACUGGUAAAGCACCCCAGUAUGAUAUUGUGGAGCGAGGUUCACAAGCUUUUGUGAAUGGAACAGUGCACUGGAUUGCAACACAGAGAGGGAGAACUGGUGAAUCUAACAAUUUGAUUUUGGGACUUGAUCUGGGUAAUGAAAAUUUUCAUGAGCUAAUGUUGCCUGAAUGUCUAGAUGAUGAAAAUCCCAUGUUUUGUUCUGUUUUCAAUUACAUGGAUUCAACAGUUGCUGUUGUUAAGAGAAAUUAUAUAAACUUUUCUGACAGUGAAAUAUGGGUGAUGAAAAAGUAUGGAGUCACAGAGUCAUGGACAAAGCUGUUAACUGUUGGGAGAUAUGAGGGUGGUGUUCCAAGGGCGUUGGGCUUCAGGAGGAAUGGUGAUGUGCUUUUUGAACUGUUUCGUGGAGAAAUAGUUUCAGUAAACCCAGAAAGCUUACAGAUUGAAGAACUCAGAAUUCAUUCGGAUUCUGGGUAUUCUUUCGCAGACACCUAUGUGGAGAGCCUAGCCUUGCUUGAGCUUGACCAGCCUAGAGAUGCAAAUGAGGCAACAGAUUUUUUUUACUUAAAUCUGUAUUAAUUUUUAUCUCAAUUAUUAUAUUCAACUAAAUUU